GGGAUCGCCGCUGACGGCUCCCUGGCGCCGGCAACAUGGCGCGCGGCAGGAUCUCCCGCCUCUCGGUCCGGGACGUGCGCUUCCCCACGUCGCUCGGGGGCCACGGCUCAGACGCCAUGCAUACAGACCCUGACUACUCGGCUGCCUAUGUUGUCCUGGAGACUGAUGCAGGAGAUGGACUCAAGGGAUAUGGAAUUACCUUCACUCUGGGAAAAGGCACUGAAGUUGUUGUCUGUGCCGUGAAUGCCCUUGCCCACCAUGUGCUUCACAAGGACCUCAAGGACAUUGUCAGUGACUUCAGAGGCUUCUACAGGCAGCUCACCAGUGACGGGCAGCUCAGAUGGAUUGGUCCAGAGAAAGGGGUGGUGCACCUGGCAACAGCAGCCAUUCUGAACGCAGUGUGGGACCUGUGGGCGAAGCAGGAAGGAAAGCCUCUGUGGAAGUUACUUGUGGAUAUGGAUCCCAGGACGUUGUUAUCCUGCAUUGAUUUUAGGUAUAUCACCGAUGUCCUGACUGAGGAGGAUGCCUAUGAAAUACUGAAGAAAGGUCAAGUUGGUAAAAAAGAAAGAGAAGAGCAAAUGCUGAUGCAUGGCUACCCUGCCUACACCACAUCAUGUGCCUGGCUGGGGUACUCAGAUGACACACUAAAGCAGCUCUGUACAGCAGCGCUGAAGGACGGCUGGACCAGGUUUAAAGUAAAGGUUGGGGCUGAUCUCCAGGAUGACAUGCGUCGAUGCCGCCUCAUCAGAGACAUGAUUGGACCAGAGAAGACUUUGAUGAUGGAUGCCAACCAGCGCUGGGAUGUGCCUGAGGCAGUGGAGUGGAUGUCAAAGCUGGCUGAGUUCAAGCCAUUGUGGAUUGAAGAGCCAACGUCCCCUGAUGACAUCCUGGGGCACGCAGCCAUUUCCAAGGCACUGGUUCCAUUAGGAAUUGGCGUCGCUACUGGAGAGCAGUGCCACAAUAGAGUGAUAUUUAAGCAACUCCUACAAGCGAACGCCUUGCAGUUUCUCCAGAUUGAUAGCUGCAGACUGGGAAGUGUCAAUGAAAACCUCUCAGUAUUACUGAUGGCCAAGAAGUUUGGAAUUCCUGUUUGCCCCCAUGCGGGUGGAGUUGGCCUCUGUGAACUGGUGCAGCACCUGAUUAUAUUUGACUACAUAUCAGUCUCCACAAGCCUUAAAAACAGGAUGUGUGAAUAUGUGGACCAUCUGCAUGAACAUUUCAAGUAUCCUGUGGUAAUCAAGCAGGCUUCCUACAUGCCUCCUAAGGAUGCUGGCUACUCAACAGAAAUGAAAGAGGACUCUGUAAGGAAACACCAAUAUCCAGAUGGCGAUGUCUGGAAGAAGCUCCUUGCUGCUCAAGAAAACUAA